CAAACCUCUCUGAAGGGGGUCAAGGCACAUUGAGGCAGCGUGGGAAAGCGUAGAGAAGACGGAGCUCACAGACAAGCAUUGCAUAUUCUGGGAUUGAUGGGAAAACCAUAAUGGGGGGAGCAGAAACACAGUAACGCGAAGAAUAUACGCAGCUUUAUACAGUGGGCUCUUGAAAGAAAGAAAGACGCACAGCAUAAGCUGCGCACACUGAAUUGCGCGAGGAAAACGAACCCCCCUCCCUCCCUCUCUCUCUCUCUCUCUCUCUCUCUCACUCUUUCUCUCUCUCUCUCUCGGUAGUUGAUCUAUUUGAGUUGCCGUGGUGGUACCGCUGUAGGAUGGGGGCUCGUGCGUGCACCAUGUCUCUCUACCUGUGUGGCCCUGAAGACGGACAGUGAAAGAUCUGUGCUGUGUUUGCAAACAUCGACUUGCGAAGACACCGGUUCCUCGUCGCGGUUUCUGAAGGACGCAACAAGUCAAAGCAGAAAUUUAACUUAAUUUAACAUAAGGCUGUAGCCUGCACGUGCCAGCCCCGUUCCCCCAAUGAUGCCCCUGUAAAGAAGUUUCGUCGGGAUUCCCCCUCGUGCAGGCUACAUUGAACUGACAAGCAAGACUUGUUUUCUUCUUCUACAAAGAUGGACAAAGAAAUAGUUGGUCAGUCCUAUGAGCCUGUUGCCGAGAUAGGUGAGGGUGCUUAUGGAAAGGUGUACAAAGCUCGGGAUCUAAAUAAUGGGGGUCGCUUCGUAGCCCUAAAACGAGUGCGCGUGCAGACAGAAGAGGAAGGCAUGCCACUGUCGACCAUUCGCGAGGUGGCAGUGCUGAGGCAACUGGAAUCCUUCGAGCACCCCAACGUUGUCAGACUCUUCGAUGUGUGCACUGUAUCCAGGACGGACCGGGAGACUAAGCUGACGCUGGUGUUCGAACACGUGGACCAAGAUCUCACCACAUACCUGGAGAAGGCACCUGACCCUGGGGUGCCCCCCGAGACCAUCAAGGACAUGAUGUACCAGCUGCUGCAGGGGCUGGACUUCCUCCACUCCCACCGCGUGGUGCACCGAGACCUGAAGCCGCAGAACAUCCUGGUCACCAGCGGUGGGCAGAUCAAGCUGGCCGACUUUGGCCUCGCGCGGAUAUACAGCUUUCAGAUGGCCUUGACGUCAGUGGUGGUCACCUUGUGGUACCGUGCUCCCGAGGUGCUUCUCCAGUCCAGCUACGCCACUCCAGUGGACCUGUGGAGCGUUGGCUGCAUCUUCGCAGAGAUGUUUCGAAGGAGACCUCUUUUUCAAGGGAAAUCAGAUGUUGACCAGCUAGGCAAAAUAUUUGAUGUGGUGGGCGUGCCAUCUCUGGAAGACUGGCCGCAGAACGUGGGGUUGCCUCAGACCGCCUUCGCUCCUCGACCUGCUAAGCCCAUCGAGGACCUGGUUCCAGACAUGGACGACAUGGGGAGGGCUCUUCUACAACAAUUCCUGUCGUUCAACCCCUCCCGAAGGAUAUCGGCCUACGCUGCUCUGGCUCACCCUUACUUCCUGGACCUGGACAGCCCGAGUAAGAGUCUUUACAGCCAGCCCUUCACCAGUACCAAGCGCUCCCUGGAGGAGAGGACUAGCCAGGCUUUUAGCCGCUGUGGUGUUGUCGCUGGCGAUCGGGGCCCAAAGGACUCCAAAGGCCCCCAGAAGUAGUGGCGGUCGUUGGUCGCUGGUUGCAGUGGCUCGUUCGUUUGGACGGAUGGUCCCUGUCAGCCAUUUUGUGGGGCGGUUUUUGGAUGACUCCAUGGCUGAAUCUCAAAUGGUGCACUUGUGCACUUUAGUGUUCAUGUUUCAGUGCGUAUGGCGUAUUAGUUACGCACUGAAACAUAGUGCCCGAAGUGCACAAGUGCGCCAUUUGAGAUCCAGCCCAUGUCAUUGUCAGCCAUUUUGAGGAUGCUGCUUUUCGUUUUGUUUUUCCUUUCCUUUGUUCCCUGCCCCAUCAAACAAUUACUUUUAAUGUUUUUUUUUAUUAUUAUUAUAUAUAAAGAAAGAACAAUGCAAACGGCAAUGGAAGAGUGAUAUAAACAAAUUGGCUGGUCUGGUUUGUGUCCGAUUUUCUUUUGCUUAUUGUUUUUUGUUUUUUUGCGUCAACCAGGCAGCACCAAUAGAGAAGAGGGCGGAAUAUAGUACAUGAUGAACAAUUUUAAAGACUCCAUGGGCUGUGUGUUCCCUCCUAGAUGGGAGGAUGUGGCUCAGGCUGUGCUGCUCAGAUGGGGAAGGGUUA